AUGUGGGGCGGGCUGCACCCCCAGCUCGGCUUGCGCGGCUACAAGGCGGUAAACGUCGGAGGAAGCAGCUUCCUCCCUACCCUGGGCGGAAAACGCUACGGUUCCCCCUCCUCUCCUCCGCUUUCCCACUCCUUGAGGGGGGACGUGGCGGCGGGGCCUCCCGGAGGGGGCGCGGGGGUCGGCCUGCCGCCGCCUCGGCCCGUCCGUGCGGGGGGCUCGGUGAUUAGCUGGACUUUGCAGCGGAUGCAUUUGGCGGAAAAGAUGGUAGAAGUUAUUGGCAAAGAAUUGUUGUGGGCCGAAGUGAGCUCAGAUUAUUCUUCAGUGGGAUGGUUACCUGGUACUGAAUCCCUGUGGCAGUCCACAACCAUUUCAUCAAGCAGUCAAAGCAAUCCUGUUAGAAGACACAGUAUAGCUUCCGACAGUGGGGACACUGGGAUUGGUACCUCCUGUUCUGAUAGUGUGGAAGAUCAUUCAACCUCCAGUGGUACCUCCUCGUUCAAGCCCAGCCGGUCCCUGGUUUCCAUUCCCACUGCCCAUGUGAUGCCGUCUAAUGCCAGCUCUUCGCUUCCCAAACACAGGGAAGCUUUCAAGUCUGAUGGCUCAAAGUGGAGUACAAGCUUCGUGCGGUCAGGAGGAGGCAGAAAUCAGGGUGGUCUGGACAGCUCUCUUGACAUGAAAGAUGUAAGACCUGUAAGAAAAUGGUCCUCUUUGUCUAAACUCAGCUCCCCAACUGCCUUCAGCCAGGAUGGCAGUAGUCAUUCAGUGGACUCCAGGGCUAGUGCAGACAAAGCUGUGUCACCACAACUAAGGACAAACGGGCCAGGCUGUUUGCAUGAUAGCAUGGAAUUGCUAAAAAUUGAGGACAGAGAAAUGGGGAAAAAAAGAUCUUCUCUACUGGACUGCAAAUACAAGUUUGAAACGUGCAGCAAAGACGAUUUUGUUUCAGAUUCCUCAAGUAGGAGACAUGCCUUAGACUUGACCUACAGUGCCUUACCAGAGAGCAAACCCAUGGCAGCCAGUUGUGAGGCUUUUGGACCGAGAUAUGCAACUCUGGGCCCGCAGGCUGUGAGUGGGGCUCCCAUCCAGCCAGCAGUGAGGACUCAGAUGUGGCUGAAGGAACAGCUCCGGGCAAAUGCCCUGGACUGCAGGACUACUGAGGAGCCCUACGGCGUGGCAGCAUGGCAUGUGCAGCAGCUCGAAGAUCUCAGAGCAGGAGGUGAACAGCCUGUGCAGGCUCCAGCUGGCACGUCUCGUCAAAGUUACCCAGCUACCAGCUAUCAGGACUUCAGCAACUGGGAGUCUCUAAUGAAAAUUAAAGAGGGGCUGUUAAGACAGAAAGAGAUCGUGAUCGAUCGGCAAAAGCAGCAAAUUAAUAAUUUACAUCAGAAGAUAAGGGAGAAUGAAUUACGAGCUCAACAUGCAAGACUGAACCAUCUUGUGAACUGUGAAGACCCUUACCUGACUAAUUUGCAGCCACAGUAUGAGAGCACAGCACUGCAACCUCACCUUGCAGAAAGACCAACAUCCCACCUUGAGGAGCUCGAGCGAAAGGUUGCAGCGGCUGAGAAUAAGGGACUGCAACUCACUGAAUUUAUAAAACAAAUUUCAAACAAAUCUAGUGAGGAGAAAAAGAAGAUGGAGGAGAAACUUAAAACCAGAGACCGAUACAUUAACAGCCUGAAAAAGAAAUGCCAGAAAGAAUCUGAGCAAAACAAAGAAAAACAAAGACGAAUUGAAACCUUAGAAAAAUAUCUGGCUGACCUACCAACACUGGAUGAUAUAGAAGGGCAGACUAAACAGCUCCAAAUUCUAGAAGAGAAGAACAAGCAACUUCAAGAAACUAUGACUGAGUUGGAGAAGAAGCUCGGAGAGGCCCGGUCGCAGUGCAGAGAGAGAGAAUUGCAACUGGUGUGUCAGAAGAAAAAAGAAAAAGAGCUGGUCACAACAGUCCAGAGUUUACAACAGAAAGUGGAAAAGUGCCUGGAAGAUGGUAUCCGCCUUCCGAUGCUGGACACAAAACAGCUCCAGAGUGAGAAUGAAUGUCUCAGAGAAAAGAAUGAGAAAGCCAGUAAGGUCAUAGACAAUCAACAAAAUCAGAUAGCUGGACUGAUUUUAGACAUGCAGUCUAUGCAAGAGAAGCUUUUGCAAGAAAAGAUGACAAUUCAGAAGAUGACAAAUGAGCUUGAAGAAAAAGAAAGGAACAUAGAGCAGCUAAAUAAAACUCUCUCUGAAAACCAAAGACUGAUGGAAGAGAAUGCCUGCCUGAAGGAGCAGAUGCGGCAGGUGGAGCAGUCCAGGCAGCCAGUAUCUGAGAAGAUGCCUAUAGCAGACCAGUUGUUCAAGGAAAUGUCCCAUUGCUUGUUUGACUUGAAAGCACUGUGCAGUAUUCUCACCCAGAGAGCUCAGGGCAAGGAGCCUAAUCUAUCUUUACUGCUGGGAAUCAGAUCACUGAGUGGCUCACCUGAAGAAAAUGAAAACUUCCACAGCACAGAAACCCUUUCCAAGAAGCUCCUGGAUGUGUGUCAGCUGCGGAAGGACAUUGAUGAGUUAAGGACUAUGAUGUCAGACCGUUAUGCUCAGGACAUGGGGGACAACUGCAUUACUCAAUGACACCUUCUCAUCUAGUAUCUAGUGACUUAUUAAAUGCUGCUGUGGCACAGGUCUUUGCAUUUUUAUUAAGGAGCCAUAUUGGAAGACUGCAAAUACUCCCAGGUGUGCAGCUCUGAGAACUGUGCAUAUUUAAUCUUGGGAGUCUGGCAGGGAGGGGAGAGACAUCAUCUGAACAGAGUGGUACAGACAACAAGAAGUCUUUUCUCCAAACUACUGAAUGUAGGAACAAGCUGUGAAGAAUGAUUCAGUUGGAUACUCUGCUUCCUUCUCUAGGGCUCAUUUUAUCAUUUCACCUGGUUUCUGGAAUCAGAGCAUCAAAACAGCCAUGCUGCUAUUCCUCUCAGUCCUUUCUUUCAAGGGUUUGUGUGGGAUUGCCUGUGUUGUGAAAUGUAGAGCAGAGGGCUGAAGGACCUGUAGCUGUGUGUGGUGAAGCCAGUGGUUUCUGCAACUGCACUGCACU